AUGGAAGCAACAGAUGAAUACUAUGAUAGCGUCGACUUGCACAUCAGAUGGUCUGAUAGACAGGACCUUAUCUUACGUGUAUCGCCAGACGAGACCAUCCAUACCAUCAAAGAAAAGAUACGGCAAUCCUCUAGUAGGAUAGAAAGCAAAUACAUUAGACUGAUACACAACGGCAGAGUGCUUGAGGACCCAAAGACGCUGAAAGAGUAUGGUGUGGGGAAGAUUAUUCGAACAGACUCGAAAGCCAAAUUAGAGCCACCUUCGCCAGUCUACUUUCAUUGCUCGUUGUCUGACUACAUUCCAGAAACACCUAGCUCACAAAAUAAUCAGCCUCAAAUGACUCCACCGACAGGAUUUGAUCGACUUCGAGAAUCAGGAUUCACAGAAGAGGAUAUACGAAACAUACGAACCCAAUUUCAUAGACUACAUGGCACACCAUUUGAAGAGGGCCCGACAGAGGAAGCUAGAAAUCUAGAGGAGCAGUGGAUGGACAAUACGGGCGAGACAUUGCCAGAUGGAACCAUUCAAGGAACAUACAAGGAAAUGAUGUGGGGACUGAUGCUGGGCUUUUUUCUCGGCAUCAUAUGCUUGUUCUGGUUUCGAGAAUCCGUGUUUUCAAGACGACAUCAAAUGGGCAUCGUUGCUGGUAUUUUGAUCAAUAUCUCGUUUGGUGUGCUCCAUGUUUACUAUUAA